AAAUCACAUCGUUCCACUUUGAAAGGAUAAUUGCUCACCCGCGAUACACCGUCAAACCUACUAUUCCACAAUGUCAGCACAAGCAGCAGUAAGAGCGGCCGCGCAAGUGGGCAAGUCGGCAGCAAAAUCUGCUGAUGGCCACGUCCUUAACAAGGGCGCAAAAAGAGAUCCUGAACUUUACGUGAGUGAAGCGCAGACUGCAGCUACUUCUAAUAUACCGCUAUGUGGUUUCUGCAAUAAAUGCAUCCUGAAAGGUUUGCUAAUGGACGAUUUCCACAGGUUCUUUUCGGUGUCAUGGCCGGUGCUUUCGGUUUGGCGGGUUACUACUUCGGUGAGAUCAUUUACUUCAACCAGCAUUGAGGAUAAGAAUUGACUUUACUAUUAGGUAGUAAACCCACUUCAGCCACGUCAGAAGAAAAAGUGAGCAUCGCUCCUGGCACCAUGCCAUGGCAGGCAGAUGGCACCAAAGGCGAUGCCGCUAGACAGGACUUCAAAUACAAAUAUCAUCCAGCUGGUGACCCAAGAAAUCCACCAAAGGAGGCACCUAGCGCAUUGCACAGCGUCAUUGUUCCCAAUGUUAACUUGCCAAAGGUAGGAUUCUCUUUUCAUGGCUUUUCUUUCACGAUCACCAAAAACCGCAUCCUCCCUGCUCAUACAAUGUGACGUCACCGGAGUUUACUGGGUUAUUGUAUUCUCCAUGCUAAUGUUGCCUCCAGGAAUUACACGAGAAAUACAACAAGUGGGGUAAGGAUGGAUAUUAGAUCAAAGGAACAGAAUACAGAUUGGGGCGGGAUGGUUGCAAGACCUGACAGAGCUGUACAUAAGUGGAAGGGGUUAUCUGGUGCAAUGGGCUCUUAUAUUAUCCCUAAAGACAACUUUUUGGUUUCGAUAUGAAUUGCGAAAUUGUUUGUUGUGUAAUGGGAGACCUGGUGAAAAUUGAUAAUCCUCCAAUACAAGUUGUCCGUAGAGAACUAACACAGUAUCAUGUAACAUGUACUUCAGGUUCAUACUGGUAUCUUGUUAAUUAAUGAAAUCCACG